UGUCAACAAGGUGAAUUGAUAGUCAGUAUAAUUUCUGGUUUGAAGGGAUUGGUGUCAAUCUCUUUUGGCAGGAAAAAUUACUAUCUACAUAUCAGACGGUUUAUCUCCGAUAAUAAUGAAGUUCCUAAUCACUACCUUGGUUUUUUGUGCGUGUUCAUACUUAAUUUUAGCUGAGUCACGCAGACCAGGACAGGAUUUCAUUGAUAAAGUGGACGAUGAAGAUAAGGGAGAUUUUAUCAGGUUCCACUUAGCACGUGCGGUUAACAAGUAUGGGAACUUGCAGAACAAAAUUAAUAUCAGAAGCGAUACUGAUAUACCUCAAGAUAAAUAUGAUGAUUUUAUGGAAGCAACGCCUCCAAAGGAUUUUCACAAGAAUUUAUAUGAUUGGGCCAGAAACGAUUUAAACCUCACCGAUCCAAUGAUCACUAAUUUGGUAACAGUUACCGUCGUUUGCUAUACAGAUAGCGAUGUAUGCUACAAUCCGAACGAUGUGGGAAGUUUGUGCUGUCCUUUCUAAGCUUGGCUUUGUUGGAAAACAUCGUGAAAAUUAUGUCUGAAUAGUGACACACGUCAUUGCUGAAACUCAUAAUGAGAUGGAAAAAUAAAUGAAAUUUUAAACGGCUG